GCGCUUAGAAGAUCGCCGGUCAGUGGUAAUAAACUAGCACAGCAAUGAAUAAGCAAAUCGCAGUCGUUACUCUUCUUAUAGUCGUCGUUGCCGUCAUUGCAGCAUACGAAUUUAAUGAUCCAUUAUUUAAUCAGAUUUUGGCAAAUGAGCUAGUAGAGCUUGAAACUUCGUCUUAUUCACACUACCGGAGUCGAAGAGAUGAAGAAGGGGUCAUGGGGGAAAAAUGCAGGCCCUUCAGGAAGAAGAAACUGUGUUGUGCUGAAGAAACGUUUGACGACAUCCACGAAAAAGAGCGCGAUUUUAAGAGAGAGUGUUUCAAGCAAGUUGUAGGUAACAAGGAUAAGGAUGGCCCUCGCGAUUUCGAUCCUUUCAGAUGCGACAAAGUGGAUAAACACCGCCGAGACAUGACGUGUGUAUUCGAAUGCGUAGGUCAGAAGAAAGAUGUGUUGGAUAAGGAUGGUAAUGUGAAAGAGAGCCAGUUUGAAGCGUUCAUAAAGGAGACCAUGGCGAAGGAAUCCUGGUUUGCGUCGAUUCAGGACAAAGUGGUUUCAACAUGCUUGGCUGAAGCCAAGAAUGCCACAGCCAACCGCGAUACCUCCGAUACUGAAUCUUGUAAUCCAGCCGGGGUUAAACUUAUGCACUGUAUGUUUAGGGAAAUUCAGCUCGGUUGUCCCGCCGAACAGAUAAAAGACCAGAAAGCCUGUGCGAGGGCUAGAGAUAAGAUCAAGAGACACAACGAAUUUUUGCCGCCUCCACCGCAGUUCCUUAAUGACGACUAAGACGAGCAAGUCACAAUAAUAUUGUAUUUAGGGUUAGUGCUGUUUUAUUACUACUUUAUUAUUGUAUUUUAAAGGCAUAAACUAAUACUUAAUAAAUAUUUAAAGUGUU